AUGUUGAAGCGGUAUGAAAGGACAAAACUAAAUGUCCUUCGUGGGGAAAGGUUUCUGCGUCUUUGUGAAGUUUCUUACAGAGCCGUGUGUCGUGAUCCUUCUUUGGGUGGGGCAGAGGGAAUUGCUAACAUAGAGGAUAGAACGUGGGAAAUGGUACAACGGACUUUUCAGGCUUCUCCAGAAAGAUGUUCACUCAAAAAUGCUCCAUUUUCUGUAGAUGGUGUUGAGAUUUGCGCCUUAUUGCGUCGUCCGGAUAAUGUAUUUCUUAUUUUAGUUGCACAAUAUCGUCCCCCAGUGGAUGCGGUUGUGUUGGAGUUUCCUGCAGGGUUAGUGGAUAAUGGUGAAGAUGUUAAGAGCGCAGCCCUACGCGAACUUAAAGAAGAAACGGGUUAUGUUGCCACUGAAGAAAACAUUAUAAGUGUGACUGAUGCACUCUGUUGUGAACCCGGGAUGACUGAUUCCUGCUGCAAAUUUGUGAGGUUGUUUGUUGAUGGUGAAAAGGAGGUAAACCGCUUUCCACAGCAAGAGUUAGACGAGGGUGAAGACAUUGAGGUGAUCUUGCUUCCAAUAUCUUUAAAAAAGGGAGUUGCUGGGGGUGAUACCCCUCUACAGUCGUUGAACAAGCUAUUACACGAAAAAAAUAAAGGCCAACAACGAAACAUUGUCGACGCAAAACUGUAUAUGUUUCUGGAUGGUCUCUCCCAGAUGAGUACGAUGUUUUGUUAA